GAUAAUAAUAAAUCUUCAAUCUACAUCCUUCAAUCACAAAUUGGUUCUCUUCGAAGGGUUUGAAGCUCCUUCAUGAUACCUACUUGAUGUUUGCAAUAUGUCCACGUCCAGUAUCCUCCGCCGUGCUCUCUUAUAUGUUCCCGCAUCCUCUCCCAAAUUCCUCCAAAAAUCCUUAACCCUCCCACCCCUCGACACCGUCUCCUAUGACCUCGAAGACAGCGUAACACCCACCCAAAAACCCACCGCUCGAAAAGCCCUCCUAGAAUUCCUCUCCUCCCCAACUCGACCCUCAAAUAUAAACGAGCUCUCCGUCCGCAUAAACGCUGUCUCAUCAGGAUUGGCUCUCGACGACCUCACGACAGUCCUGAAAGCGAAACAUGUCGAUGCCAUCGUCGUACCGAAGGUAAACAAAGCGUCAGAUCUGCAUUUCGUAACGGAUGUCUUAAGACAUCAAUUGCCGUCUCGACAUCCUGGAGAUGGAAAAGCGAAGGGUGAACAGGAACAAGAACCAGUCAAGAUCAUAGCAUUGAUUGAAAGCGCUGAGGCAAUAAUGAACCUCUCGUCUAUUUGCGCGUCAUCUCCUUACCUCAGCGGUCUGAUCUUCGCCGCGGAAGACUUCGCGCUCGAUCUCUCUCUCACGCGGACGCCCUCGCUCACUGAAUUUCUGUACGCACGCUCUGCAAUCGUGACGGCUGCGCGGGCGUACUCCUUACCAUCGACGAUAGAUUUAGUCUGCACCAGUUUCAGAGGUGAUGAGGGGGUCAAGAGAUUGCAAGAAGAGUGUGUGCAGGGACGCGGGUUGGGAUUUAAUGGAAAGCAGUGUAUACAUCCGAGUCAGUUGGAGGUGGUGCAGAGGGAGUUUGCGCCGGGGAAGGAGGAGGUAGAGUGGGCUGUUAGGGUUGUUAUUGCGGACGAGAAAGCGGACAAAGGGGGCAGGGGGGCCUGGACGCUAGAUGGGAAGAUGAUUGAUGUGCCAGUUGUAAGGAAGGCGAGGAGUGUCGUGGGUAGGGCGGAGAGGUGUGGAUUUGAUGUGAAGGAGUUGAGGGAGAAGUGGAAGGGCCAGGAACCAGAGUAG